AUGUUCUUUUCUGAAGGCAGCAGUUUGGCUCCAGCCCAACAAUACCUGGCAGCGAUGAGGCAGCUGUGUGAUGGCAAUGUUGAUGCUGAAGUCAAGGUCACGCUGCAGUCCUGUGAGGAUCAUGGGAAUGAGCUGGAUGAUGGGCUCUAUAAAUUUCUUUCCUGGCCCCAGGACCCAGUCAGCUCACCAGGGACAGGGGAAUCGAAGACUGAGUGUAAAACUGAAGCUGAUCUGACCGAAGCUGCAACAAGGAAGGCACCUUCUCAAUGGGCAGGAAGGGGAGCAGAUCAGGCUGAUGACCCAGGGAGUGAGGAUUCAACUCAACCUGUGACUGAGCCAGCUCGGGCUUUCACACAACACAGAGCAGCGGAACCCAGAAGAGACAUUCUGGCUGAUAUUGAAGCAAAUAAAAUUUCUGGACCAUGCACAGAGUGGAUUGGAAUUGAAGACCUUGGCAGGGAAGGCCAAACUCAAUCAAUCCAAGAGACUCUAAGUAGGAAUCUCCAGGGUGACUGGUUACAAAGAGGGGCCUGUCAGCAAUCAGUUUCACACCGUCUGCCUGAUGGAGAGCCUCCUGCUACUAUGAAAGGAGAAUGUCCUGGUCAGCAGUACUGUGUAUAUCAGAGACGGGACACUGACCCUCCUGAUUUGAACUUUGCUCGAUUACUGAUGCAGUCUUCGACGAGUGAGGGUCAGGGCCUUGACCAGCCAACGGGCAGUCAUGCUCACUUAGUGCCAAUUUCUUCCAGAAGCCAAGCUGCUGCCAACGAUCCUGGUCAACCAGCCAAAUAUCUCCUGAUGGCAAAACGUGAGAUGGAAUUGUUUCCAAAAGUGGACAUCACUCACUUGGGGGAAGAUCCGCUGAGUGGCCAAGGCCAGGGGGAGACCACACACAUGGGAAGGUCAGCACUGUCAGUGUCAACAUUUCCCAGUGAGCAGCACCAGGAUGGCCUACAAACAGAUGACUGCUUCACUCAGUCACAGAGAGGGAGGACAGGGCAGAAUGUUCUGGUCACAGCUCGAACAGAGAAACCUGCUCAAGUGACAUUUAUGGCUGAGCAUCGACAAACAGAGGCAGUUGUUCAAUUGGGCAAAGAGUGUCUUACUGAACAUCUCAGUGUGACAGGAAGAGAUCAGUGUGAAGACCCCCCUAUGUGUGUGAACGUGUGCCUGCGUGAAGAGGAACAAGUUGACACGCCAACAGGACAGGCAGUUUUGGAAUGGCCAGUAGCAGUUCAGGACCCAUCACACGUCACUGACACUCGAGAGAGAUUAUUUGGUAGAAAACAGGGUGAAAGCCUCACGUUAUGUGACAAAGAAUCGCUGAUUGGAGCAGAUCAGACAGAUCCCAGCACGAUGAAAGAUUCAGUAAACCUCGAUGGAGCGAUACAGAGGGAGCAGGAGCAGGCAGGAGAGGGUCAGAGUGAAGGAAACCAAACCCUAAUGAGACAGUUACCCACUCACAAUAUCUCAGAGUUUGUGACUGAUCAAGUGCAGAUUAUCUCUGCACCAACAGAAAGUACAGUUCAACACAUAAAAGAGUAUUCCAGUGGAGCAGACCAGGCUUAUGGCCUACCUGUGGAGGGCAUUCAGAAAUCACCAACAGUGUCUGUGAGUGAAAGGGAAUUCACUAGAGAUGAAUCAAGACAAGAUCCGACACAAUUAUCAACAUCAUCUCCAGUUAGAGAAGACAGACCUGACUAUCAAACAAAGGAUAGUUCUGGUCAGUUCUCAGAACUGGUCCUGAGUAGAGACAUUGACGUUAGUGACCUCCCAGGAGAGGAUUCUGGGCCAUUAUUCCCAGCCUCUUCCAGUGAAGAGGAAACCUGUGCUGACCUGACAACAGAAGAUUCAGCUCAAUGUGGAAGAGAGUGUUUGAGGGAGAAAGAGCUGAACGUUCUUGAGUCAGAGAGUAUUUCUCUAUCAGAGACAGAGCUUCAAUCAGGGAAAGUGCAGACAUUGGGCCCACAUGGAAUGGACUCUACAGAAUGUCCGAGGGAGGGAGAACAUAGCGACAGGAUGACCACAGGGUCCUCUGCCCCUUUGAUGACAAUGAGUCUGAGUGGACAACUCCAGGGUGACAGCCCAGUCAUGGAGGUUUCAGCAGCCCAAUCAGGAGAGUAUCUGAGUGAGAGAGGUCAGGCUGACGGCCUAGUGAGUGAUAUCUCUCCUGGAGCAGUGACAGAACCACCGAGUGGGGAGAAACAAACUGAGAUUGCAAUAGCUCAGGAUACUGUGUGUUUGGUGAGAGCGACUGAGGGCCAAGCUGAGGAGAUCCAAGAGAGUAUGAGUGUUGGAAAAUUGGGUGAAGACCUCACUGUGUCUGAGGAGGAGUCUCUGAUUGGAACAGAUCAGACUGAUCCCAGCAGUUUGAAAGAUUCCGUGAGCGUGGAAGAACUGAUAUGGAGGGAACAGACACCGACAAGGGGGCCUGGGGGAGAGGUAUCUGCUCCUUCCAAAACAGGAGCAAAGGCUGAUAUGGAUGAGGCAUAUGGCCUCCCGAGAGAGGGUUCUGACCAGUUACCCAUCAGUGUACAAAUUGAAGACCUCACUCUGCCUGAUGGAAGGUCUGUAACUGGAGCAGAGCAGACCAUUACCUGCAGCAAUGUGUAUUCAUUGGAUUGGGAAAGACUGAAACUGCAGGAACAUGAGCAGACUGGUGGCCCAGGGAAAGCUGUGCCCGAUUUUCCUGAAGCAGAAGGUUUGACUGAGAAAGUGCAGGCUGUUACUCGGCUGAGUGAGGAUUCCGAACCAUCACAAGAGUCUCUUUUUAUCCAGGAUGGUGUUCAGGCUCUCAUUCCGUCAGAAGAAAUGUUUCUCCCUGAACCAUCUGUUGCCCCUGAACGUGGAAUGUCGAUGUGUUUCGUGGGAGAGCCUUGGAGCCGGGAGGAGGAAGUAAGGGCAGCUUUUGCUGAGUCAGCAGUGCUGUUUCAAAUCGCAGACCAUCAGACCGCGAUCCCAGAGAGAGAUGUGUUUCCUCACAGAAUACAGGUGCCUCAGAGAUCCAAAGAAGUGGAAGAUUCUCCCCAAUCGGUGAGCUCCUCUUCAAAUGCCGAGGGACAGCUAUCAGCUGAUUCUACAGAAUCACUU